GUCCUCCAGAGCCAGGGCCCCUCCCUCCCCAGUCCUUUCCUUGCUUUGGGGUCUCUCCUGCAAGGGCUGCCUCGCUGUCCCCUCCUGGGAUCUGGAUUUGCUAGGGCCUCUCAUUAAGACGGACAGAACUUGUCAGAAGACCAAAGGGUUCCUUCCGAUCUCUCAAAGGCUUCCUGAGAGCACAGAUGGAUGAGCAAGAUUCAGCUGGUCCCGAAGCAGGAAGAGGCCAUGGCAGCCAAACUGGGAGCAGUGGGGGGUUCUGGGAAAACCCAGUGCAGAAGAUCCUGGGUGAGGAGGACACCCUCUGCUCAGAGGUGCAGAGCCAGCAGAUGAGGCAGUUCUGCUGCCAGCAGGCCAAAGGACCCCGAGAGGUUUGCAGCCGACUCUACCACUUUUGCCACCAGUGGCUGAAGCCGGAAAGGCACACGAAAGCUGAGAUGCUGGACCUGGUGAUCUUGGAGCAGUUCCUGGCUGUCCUUCCCUCGGAGAUGGAGAGCUGGGUGAGGGAAUGCGGAGCAGAGACCAGUUCCCAGGCGGUGGCCCUGGCCGAAGGUUUCCUCCUGAGUCAGGCAGAGGAGAGAAAGCAGGAUCUCUUUGCGGAAAUGGACCUGGAUUCCUGUGAGACAGAGAAGCCUCCGUUGGACGCCAGAGAGAGGCCACUGGGUGACAGAAUGAUGCCGGCAAGACUUCCUGAUCCGUCUUUUCAUGGGGGCAGAAGGGAAGCAGUGGCUGUGGAACCAGAUCAGGGUCCAUUGUGCUUUGAAGAUGUUGCUGUUCGUUUCACGGACGAGGAGUGGGCGUUGCUGGAGCCUGACCAGAGAGCUCUGCAUAAGGACGUCAUGGAGGAGAAUCGUGGGAUCGUGGCCUCUCUUGAUUGUGAUGAAUCGGAAAUCGAGAACAAAGGUGACCACGAUAAAAUCCCCAGAGAGGAGAAGCCACGUGAAAAUUUAGAGUGUGGAGAAAGCUGCAGUCAGAGCUCCCGUUCCACUUCCCAUCAACAAAAUCUCAUUGGAAAGAAACCAUAUCAGUGUGUGGAAUGUGGAAAGAGCUUCAGGAAGAGCUGCGAUCUCACUUGCCAUCAAAGAAUUCAUACAGGAGAGAAACCCUAUCAGUGUGUGGAAUGUGGAAAGAGCUUCAGUAACAGCCGCAGUCUCACUUCACAUCAAAGAAUUCAUACAGGGGUGAAACCAUAUCAGUGUGUGGAAUGUGGAAAGAGCUUCAGUGACAGCCACAGUCUCACCUCCCAUCAGAGAAUUCAUACAGGGGAGAAACCCUAUCAGUGUGUGGAAUGUGGAAAAUGGUUCAGUCAGAGCUCCCAUCUCACUGCCCAUCAAAGAAUUCAUACAGGGGAGAAACCCUAUCUGUGUGUGGAAUGUGGAAAGAGCUUCAGGAAGAGCUGUGAUCUCACUUGCCAUCAAAGAAUUCAUACAGGGGAGAAACCCUAUCAGUGUGUGGAAUGUGGAAAGAGCUUCAUGAAGAGCUCCCAUCUCACUUCCCAUCAAAAAAUUCAUACAGGUGAGAAACCUUAUCAGUGUGUAGAAUGUGGAAAGAGCUUCAGUCACAGCUCCGGUCUCACUUCCCAUAAGCGAAUUCAUACACGGGAGAAACCCUUUCAGUGUGUAGAAUGUGGAAAGAGCUUCAGUCACAGCUUCAGUCUCACUUCCCAUCAAAGAAUUCAUACAGGGGAGAAACCCUAUCAGUGUGUGGAAUGUGGAAAGAGCUUCAGGAAGAAGUACAUUCUCACUUCCCAUCAAAGAAUUCAUACAGGGGAGAAGCCCUAUCAGUGCAUGGAAUGUGGAAAGAGCUUUAGUCACAGCAAUAGUCUCACUUCUCAUCAAAGAAUUCAUACAGGGGAGAAACCCUAUCAGUGCAUGGAAUGUGGAAAGAGCUUUAGUCAGAGCUCCUCUCUCACUUCUCAUCACAUAAUUCAUACAGGGGAGAAACCCUAUCAGUGUGUGGAAUGUGGAAAGAGCUUCAGUCAUAGCUCCAGUCUCACUUCCCAUCAAAGAAUUCAUAGAAAGGUCGGGAAAACCAUUAUACAGCUUUAGGAGCUAAGAAAUCCGCACCUUUAUUACCUUGCGUUUGGCUGAUUGACAUCUAAUGCCAUUUGAACAUGUGGUGUUUUGUGUUUUUAUGUUGUAACCAUCCUGAGACCUGUGGGUGUAGGAAUAUGUGCCAAUAUUUAAAUACCUAGGCGUCUCCCCCC